AUAUGCAUAAGGGAUACAGGCUGUCACAUGGCACCUCAUCUCUCAUCUACCAUCUACCACAGCUGAACUACAAAGCAAGAACAGCCCCUAAAGUCGGUGGAAGAUGAUUUACACGCUGGCCACAUUGUAUCAGCAUUUUGGUUAUGGCUGUAGUUUGGCUUGGCUAUGGGGUAGUCCAAUCCAAGGCCAAAUGUGUCGUGACAACGGAAGCACAAUGAGUGUGACUGAGACGUGACAUGCACCGCUGCACGAAAGUACACUUUUCAUACGUCGACAUCGAAACGUAUGGUGCAUCCGAUGAAGGUGCUGCUCCUUUGGCUAAUCCAAACAGCAUUAGAAGAUCGUCGCGAGAUCCGAACCGGGGUCUCUAUCCGAUACAUCGUUCUAAAAGGAAACUCUCACAGAUGCAUAACCCUGCUCCGAGUACCUCAAGGUGUGGACGUGAUCGUGCUCCGGAGGUUCCACACUUCCAAACCGCCGCAGAAGUUUUCGUAAAAAUGGAAUUGGCGCCGGGUAGCAGCAAGGGAGAUUCAGCGGAAGUGAAGCAAACACCAGCAAAGAGAUUUAAAAAUGAUAAAUGUGACACAAACAGUAGAAGCAUAACUUCUUACUUCACAGUCUCACCUAAGAAAUCUCACUUCAAACAGCAUUCUAUUCAACAGCAUGAGGCUGACUUGGCUGAUGACGCCCAUGGAGCUGCAUCACCAAGUAAUCCUUUUGAAUUCCAAGCUCCCCAGGAAGAGGAAAAUAAUUGCACAGUUGAAUCUGAUGAUUCUGACUGCGUUAUCGUUGGAAAUGAAUAUGGUCUUACAGGAAAGCAUCUGGCUGAGCAACUUGAUACUGCAGAUUAUUUUGAGCAGGUUCCUGACGAACUGCUUGAGAUUAUUUUUGCUCAUCUCAGCCUUCAGGAUUUGCUUUUGACAUACAGUUUAGUAUGUGUAAGAUGGCACAGAGUAAUCAGCAAUCCUACAUUUCUGCAAUACCGAAAAGCUUAUUACAGGUAUAAAGCCACGAAGAGGAUUGAGUUCAUCGGGGAAAUAGAGGCAGAAUGCUCACUGAACUCACUUCACAUUGAAAAUUGUCUUCAGCGACUCAUACAGUUCAUGAUGAGCUUCAAAAAGAGCCCCAGGGGCUUAGAAGUGGUUCUUCGUAAGCAUCAUAAGUAUGAUAUAGCUUGGACUGUUCUCCAGCAGAGCUUCCCGGACUGCAUCAGUUGUGGAUCCCCUAACCUGUGGUGCUUGCUCUGUGUGUUGGUCCUUGUCUCCGAGUCUGUGUGGGAUGUCUAUGGGAUUCUCCAGAGGUCCUUAUCUUCAACUGUUGAUGCGCUGGCAAUUAGCGAGGCAUUGUACUGCAUUGGCACAUUCCUUUUGAACUUCAAGAUUGCUCUCGGUAUUAAUCACGGCCUUCAUUACAGGGUGUAUUAUGCGUUGCACCUUUUUGAAAAUUCCUGGUCUGGAACCCUGAAGGACAUCUCUGCCCUUCAUGUGUCCCACAAAGGUCAGCAGAACAUAAUGAAAUUUGGCACCGGUAACCAAGGUGUGAAGUACACACACGAGCAAAUGAGGAUAAUAAAUCACGAACUGAAAGCACGUGAUACUGUGCUUAUCAUUGCUUUUGCAGGCACUGGUAAAACAUCAACGUUAGUGGAAUAUGCACGUACACGGCCGUCAAUGAAAUUCCUCAACGUUGUCUACAACAAGUCAGUGGAACAGCUUGCCAAGAGAACGUUUCCUAAGAACGUUGAGUGUCGUACGGCCCACUCGUUGGCGUUUGGAAAAGUCGGCUUCAGGUACAGGCACAAGAUGACUGCAAACUUCAAGGUUUUUGACGUAAAGGACACGAUAACAAAGCCAGCUGAAAUUCCUAUGAAUCAUCUUCGGUUCACGAAGUUGGUCCUCAAGACAGUUGAAAGCUUCAUGUCCUCAGCAGACGAGUUUAUCACAACAGCACAUGUUCCCAAGUACGGUAUCUGUGAUACCGCGAAUGAUGAAAUUGUUGAACCCAUUGAACUCAGUGCUUCUGAGUCGUUGGUGAUCGCUGCGCAGGCAGAAGCGUUUUGGCAGAGGGUGAUAGACCCCAAUGACUUGAGUGUUAGGAUAACGCACGAUGGUUACCUGAAGAAGUUUCAACUUGAAAGACCAUAUUUGGGUUCUUAUGACUGCAUCUUUGUGGAUGAGUCUCAAGACUGCAAUCCUGCAAUGCUUGACUUCAUUCUUGCCCAACGCUGCCCAAAAAUACUUGUCGGUGAUCCUCAUCAGCAGAUCUAUGCAUUCCGAAAAGCAAUUGAUGCACUGUCAUCUGUACCUGGGACACACAAGUACUACCUUACCAAGUCCUUUAGGUUUGGGCCAGAAAUUGGCUAUGUAGCAUCUUGUGUCCUUGAAUCCUUGAAAGGUGUUCAUGACAAGACCAUUGUUGGUUGCACACGUGAAGGUAAAACAGAUGGUAGUCGAGUUGGACAAAUCUGCAUCAUUGCACGAAGUAACCUGAUGUUGUUCAACGAAGCCGUGAGAAUAAUUUGCAAUGGACAGCACCGGGACCUUGGUGUCACUCACGUUAAGGCUGCAUUCGUAGGGGGGUUUGCGAGCUACAGGUUUGGGCAAAUAGAGGACAUCUAUAGGCUGAAAUUCAACCAAGAGCAAAACAGAAUAACAGACCCAUUUGUUAGAAAAUUUGCAAAUUUCCAGAGACUGUUUCAGUAUGCACGCCACGCGGAGGACAGUGAACUUUUGAGCCGUCUCGAGUUUGUGGAACAGCAUGGUCAUCAAGUGCCAGUGUAUGUGAGGACGCUGACAAGUGACUGCAAGUUCAGUGAACAUAAUGCAAACAUUGUCUUCACCACGGCUCAUAAAGCUAAAGGACUAGAAUUUGACACGGUUAUUUUAAGUGAAGACUUCUUUGUUGGGAGAGCUGGCCUAGGUCAGAGCUAUCACCCAACUAGAGAAUCUGACAGAGAAGAGUGCAAUGUAUUGUACGUUGCCCUGACAAGAGCAAAGAGACGUCUUGUCAUGUCACGGAUGCUUUAUUUUACACUUCUCCAGGCACAGGAAAAGUUUGAGUACCUGAGGACAGAGCAGCAAGCGCUAAAAGAACUGAACCAAGAUACCCUCACAUGUUGUUCCUGCGACAAUCCUGUUGAGCCAUCUCACAACCUGGUUCUUUUACGCAAGAGCUAUCAACUCUCGAGACACGACGUCCCUGGGGGACCCUUAUGUAAAAACUGUGCAGCAUUCCCGGAGUUCAUGCCACUGGUGCAGUUUCCAGCAGGUGAUGUGCUGUUUCCACAGCGAGAUGUCGGUCACGUGAUGUGGAACAGCAUCUACAGCUGUGUUCUGUGAAUGCUUUUUCAACUACAGUUUUCCAUUUCGAAAGCUUAUCCUUGCUGGGGAAUUCAAGACAAAGGACAGCUGUGCAAUGCAUAUUGCUUAGAUUCAUAUUACUGUAUGCACUUGUAUUGUGCGGUGUACCUGAAUGGACCUAUUUUGGAUUAAAUUGGAAGGAUGUCUGAGGGAUGAUAGAAGGGCAUGCAGAUUGUGUGCUGCAACAGUGUGAAACAUCUGUGUGCCAUAUGAGCGAUGGACUCUAUCGUUAUGUAAUCGUCCCCAGAACUGAUUUACCUUUGAAAUGUUUUAUCCGGCUCUGUACAAUACAUGCAGUUUUUUAUACCA